AUGAUGAAAGCAGCGAGCAAAAGAGCCAUCAGUACCACCGCAGUGCCGCUGAUAAAGAAGAAUCAACUACCACCCCGCCCACAAUUCACACCAGAAAUGGAAGCACAAUGCACAGAAAAGUUCCUUCACGGCGGUAGAGGCCCCGGUGGUCAAAAGAUUAACAAGUGCAACUCCAAGGUUCAACUACGACAUGAGCCUACGGGGAUUGUUGUCGAGUGUCAAGAGACACGGUCACGUGAGCAGAACCGGAAACUUGCCCGGCUCAAGCUUGCGCGCGAACUUGCAGCUUCGUGUAACACGAUUCCUUCCAGAGAGGAAGCGCUUCUACAGUGGCACCGGCAACAGAAACGCUCGCAGCGCCGACGCAGUCUCGCCAAGUACGAGCAGCGUGAAGAGGCUGCUCGAGCCGAAAAAGAGGAACGCGAGGCCCAAGACAGAGAAAUGCUGCGCAAGUUGUUCCGCCGGUAA